UUAAUGUGAACAAACGAUGGAAUUGUUUUCCACAUAACCGAUUAAAAAUGGCCCUACGACAAUGACAAAACAAAUAUAACCAGCAAAUUAUUUAUCACAAAUUUCAUCGAUAUACAUAGACAUAUAUCAGUGAGAGUUUCCGUCGUAAAAAGAUUAGAUAGGUUAAGUGUCGAUUUCGAGGUUGGAUCUCCAAUCUUUCAGAGUCAAUGAUGAAAACCUACUACCCCCAAUGACUUUUCAUUUUCUGUAUUACUUCGUUUACAUUAGCAUUAGAAAUGACUCUACUCCGGAGGUUCUUCGCGAAAAAUAUCGUUUGCCAAAGAAUAGAAUAUCGUAGUCCACCGAUUAGGCAUAGGCAAUUAUUUUACACGUGUUUAACGUCGCCUAUUAGAGUCACCGGGAAAACAUGUAUAUUUUCCACGUUAAGGUACUAUGGCACCAAAACUGUACAAGUGAAACUUUCAAAUUCUACCGUACGUCCUACAACGGGAAUAAAGAAAAUAUCGGAAUUUGAAAGUCUGAUCACGUUAGCUGCGCCUGAAAAGUGGCGACUAAUCGGUGCUAUUGCUUUCUUACUAAUUUCAUCUGCCGUCACGAUGGCAGUACCCUUUUGCUUAGGAAAGAUAAUUGAUAUUAUAUAUACAAGUGAUACAGAAAGCAUGAAGAAAAAUCUCAAUCGGUUAUGCGUUAUUCUGUUUGGAGUAUUUGUUGUGGGGGGUGUAUGUAACUUUGGCAGAGUAUACCUAAUGACUACAACCGGGCAUAGAGUUACUCAGUCUUUAAGGAAAAAAUUGUACACUGCAAUCUUACACCAAGAGACAGCAAUGUUUGAUAAGUGUAGCACAGGAGAAGUGGUUGGCAGACUAUCCGGUGAUACACAACUGAUCAGCUAUGCCAUAACUAGUAACAUAUCAAAUGGAUUACGUUCUGCCAUCAUGAGCAUCAGUGGAAUGUCCAUGAUGUUCUACGUUUCACCUACAUUGGCCAGCCUCGGUUUGAGUAUUGUACCACCAACUGUUGGUAUAGCUAUAAUUUAUGGCCGCUAUCUAAAGAAGGUUUCUAAAGACAUACAAAAUGGUUUGGCUGCAUUGAACACAACAACUGAAGAAAAAAUCAGUAACAUAAGGACAGUGAAAGCUUUCGCGAAAGAAAUAUCUGAGAUCAAACGCUACAAUUCUCAGUUAGAAGAUAUACUUAAAAUAUGCUACAAAGAAAGUUUGUACAGAGGAAUAUUUUUUGGAUUCACUGGUUUCUCGGGAAACGCAGUCGUUCUCUCUGUUUUAUAUUACGGCGGAAUUAUGGUAUCUGAUGCCGCUAUUACAGUCGGAGGUUUAAGUUCUUUCUUAUUAUACGCCGCAUACGUAGGAGUUUCUUUAAACGGAUUAUCCUCGUUUUACGUAGAAUUAAACAAAGCGCUCGGUGCGAACACCCGCAUACUCGAAUUGAUCCAAAGACAGCCGGCAAUACCUAUUCAAGGUGGUAAAAUCUUGGAAAAGGAAUUAUCAGGUGAUAUUGAAUUUCAAAAUGUCAGUUUUGCUUAUCCUACAAGACAGAACACGUGGGUUUUGAGAAAUUUCAGUUUAAAGAUCCCAAAAUGUAUGGUAAUCGCAAUCGUUGGUUCAUCGGGUUCUGGAAAGUCUACAAUAGCUUCGCUCUUAUUGAGACUUUAUGAUCCAGACUCGGGAUGUAUAUUUUUAGACAAUCAUGAUCUCAAAUCUCUCGAUCCUAUGUGGGUGAAGUCACAAAUUAGUAUUGUUUCCCAGGAGCCAAUUCUAUUUAGCGGUUCAAUAAGAGAGAAUAUAUUGUACGGAGUAGACGAUUCGACGAAGCAUGAAAUAGAAGAUGUUGCGAGACACGCGCAUGUUCUACAGUUUACAAAAAACAUGCCAGAUGGUUUAGACACUAUGAUUGGGGAAAGGGGUAUCACACUUAGUGGUGGACAAAGACAGAGAGUUGCUAUUGCGAGGGCACUAUUAAAGGAACCGAAGAUUUUAAUUCUGGACGAAGCGACAAGCGCGUUAGAUGCUGAAAGUGAACAUUAUGUACAGGAAGCUUUAGAAAAAGCUGUAAAAGGCCGAACCGUGUUAACUAUAGCUCAUAGGUUGAGCACAAUAAAAAACGCUGAUAAGAUUAUUGUUUUGAACCAAGGACAAGUAGCAGAGACUGGAACAUAUAAAGAACUUAUUAACAUAAAGGACGGUUACUUUUAUAAAUUGGUUCAACAUCAAACUUUUACUUAAAUCUUGAAACUUUAGUGAAUGUUACAAGUAAUUACACUUGCUACUUAGGUACAUAUGUGUGUUACUAAGUACAUUAAAAACUGAAUAAUGUCUGGCUGGACUUGGAUGAAAACCAUUAACAAAGGUUAUUGAAA